GCGGCAGCCAUAGAGAGACACAUGCGUAUUACGGUUUGUGGCCAGUAACAAGGAAGCUCGGUGACAGAUUGACCAGGUAUCGUUUCUGAGCGCUUCAGCUGCUCUUUUAUUUGGACUCAAGCUUUGCAAUGGCAGUGGACUGGAUCGGAUUUAGCUAUGCUGCAGCCAUUGCUUUUGGAGGAUUUAUGGGAUACAAGAGAAAAGCGAGCGUGAUGUCCAUGGUGGCUGGUUUAGUUUUUGGUGGAUUAUCUGCUUAUGGGGCCUAUAACAUCUCUAAUGACCCAAAGGACAUUAAGGUCUCAUUAUUUGCGUCAGGAUUCCUCUUAGUAGUGAUGGGAACGAGAUACAAGAAGUCUGGAAAAAUACUGCCUGCUGGCAUUAUGUCAGGGCUAAGUUUGUUGAUGGUGUUUCGACUCUUACUCCUGAUCAUGGUGUGACUGGAGGAACAACACUGACCAGACUGAGGAGACUCGGUCUGUCGCUCAGUGAGAAAGUCUGAUUUUAAAAAGGAAACAUCUUUACCAGUCAGCACAAUAAAACAAGUCUUCUGUUUUGUGAAGGGAGAUACGUCAUGUGACCAGAAACCUUGGCUGCAGUAAACCUUUUUGGUGAUCAUAUAAUAAUUCAAACCUUCAGUUUUUUUACGUAUAUGAACUUGUGUGUGAAUGCAAACCUUAUGAUUUGAGAUUAAUUAUUGAAUGUUGUGUCAUUACCACCGAUGUAUUCCCUCACAGUACCACUAGUAAAACAGAUAUACAUUGA